AUGAUUCAUGUCAAGAUUUACAGCCUAAAGAGAGAUUGUUGGAGAACAGUUAAGGGUUUUCAUGGUGGUUUGAUAAUAGAUUGUUCAACUAAGUCUGUCAAGGGGAAGCUUUAUUGGAGUUCAUCUCUAAGUGAUAAUGCGUACAACAUUGAUUCUUUUGAUUUAGCAAAUGAGACGUGGAAUAAAGUGGAGCAACCCGAUUAUGGAGAAGGCAAAUUCAAUUUGAUGUUGGGAGUUUUGGGGAGUGAUCUAGUAAUACUUUGUAAUUAUGAGACACAUUCUGAUGUGUGGGCAAUGAACGAUUAUGGAGUUGAAACAUUUUGGAAAAAGAUGUUCACCAUCAAUUGUCCUCCUGAUCAUAGGAAUUAUAACUUUAAUAAACACUCGCCCGUGUCAUUUUUCCCAUUUUUUUGCCAGUCAUAUAGCGGUAAAGUUUUACUAUUGUAUCGCUCCGUUUUCAAGAUAUACAAUCCAGGCGAUGAUUCAAUCAGACAAGCAAAACUUACUAAUCGAAAGUAUUGUCUUGAGGCAGAAAUUUUUGUUGAAAGCCUUGUUAAUCCCCUGUCGAUAGCUUAUCAGGGACAUGAUAACAACGAAGACUGA